AUGGCCAAAAAAGAAUUUUGUUUAUUUUUUCUUCCAUGCAAAUCUCUUUUUAUUCAACCUCCCCACCACCUCAACCAUCACUACCCACCACACUUUCAAAAUCUUUCCUUCUGUUUCAAUCUUUGCCCCUCACUUUGUCUUAUUCUUUAUUCUCACUCUCACUCGCCCUCUCUCACCUUCACGGGCUCACACAUCUUUCUCCCUCUCAUAGGACCUUCACUGACUCUCUCCUAUCUUCCUCCAAUUAGACCAUAUCUGGCUUCCUCCUAUUUCUAUAUUCCUCUUAUAAGGCCUUCUCUGACUCUCUCCUAUCUUCCUGCUAUAAGACCUGAUUUGGCUCUCUCCUAUUUCUAUAUUUCUCCUAUAAGGCCUUUUCUGGCACCCUUCUAUUUCAAUAUUCAUCCGAGAAAACUUUAUCUGGUUCCCUCUCUAUUUCUUUAUUCAUCCUAUAUGGCCCGCUCUGAUUCUCUCCUAUCUUUCGCCUAUGAGACAUUAUCUGGCUUCCUCCUAUUUCUAUAUUUGCCUUAUCUGGCACCCUCUUAUUUUUAUUUUCCUCCCAAAAAAGCUUUCACAGGUUACCUUCUUAUGAAGUACUUCCUCUUUUUCUACAUUCAUAUUCUCAUCACCAUAUUUGCCUAUCACUCACUUUUAUUAUCUAAAAAAUUCUCCUUUCUCUACUUUUCUUCUUCCUCCAUAUACAGUUCAUUUUUCAUUUCUUUCCUUAACUUCUUCUUUCUCUAUUUAUUUGUCUUUCUUUUCAAAUCUUUUUAG